AUGGUUCGGGAAAUUGAUCUAUUACGAAAUCAAACUUCUAUUGACUAUGUCGCAUCAAAUAUUGUUACUGGUGAAGGUAUUCAAGUAGAAUAUUCACCAAAUAAAGACGAUUUAACAUACAAACACCGAGAAAGUUUUACCGACGAUGAUUCUGGAUUUACCGAAAUAACAGCAGCAUCAACAUGUGUAUCACCUAUUCACAUCAUAUCAGAUGAUGAUUAUGAGUUAGCAUUCAGACUAUCGGAUGAUAGUAAAAAAGAAUUCUGUUCGGAUAUGUGUUUAGUAUUUCAUGCUGAAUUUCAAUUAACAUUCGGGCGCUAUUUUACAUCAGAUCCAUGGAUAUUAAUGCCGUUGUGUACUGAUAACACAUGUAAAUUACCAUCUGAUGCAUUGUGUGAUGUUGAAAUCGCCAAGGUACGUUUUGAAUGUGACACCUGUGGACAUUGUUGGACAUCGAUGCGUGGUCAAAUAUCCUUCUUUUAUGAUUGUGUUUCACAUGUACUUUAUUUUAAAUUGUUUACACAAAACUGCGAUCAAUGCGAGAAAAUUCUAUCGCCAUUAUGGUAUCCUGAAGAAGUUUGUCGUGUAAUAAAAAAUGUUUUUGUCAUCGUACAACAACAUGCCUAUUCAGAUUUAAAAACAGCAGUUCAGCCGAAUUAUUAUCGUCGUAUUGGAAAUCCAAAAGGACAACAUCAUGGAUGCCAGUCAUGUCGAGAUGGAGUUUGCGUAGCAUUAGCUGCACAAGAGCUUGGCUGCAAACUUGUUAAAUAA